AUGGUAAGCCAUCGCCACGAAUCCGAGUACGCUUCCGACGUCCCCAAGCCCGUGGAAGACCGCCACGGCGACAGCGUCACCAAACACAGCAUCGCCGCGCACAAGAACCAGAACAAAGUUCGCGAGGGCAAGUUCUCGGGCAAGGAGUUUGACAAUCAUGAGCAGGUGCACUCGCCAGGGAAGCCUGGAGGUGAUUUCGAGGUCAAGCGGUAG